UUUGGUCAGUACAACUUAUGUUACAGUGAGGUUGUUAAGGGGAUCCUUAAUCUCAUGCUAGAGAUCAAUUCCUUAAAUUAAUUUUAGGUUUUGUUCAUUGGACGUGAAUAUCUUGACAACAUGUUGAUAUUGUACUUCUUCUGAACAUAUACAGAUUCCCCUGUUUUCUAGGGACAAACCCCCACGGUUUUCAUCUAGAUUCAGUGCAUGCUCAAUUCAAAACAUAAAUCAUCACAUUCUUAAAAAUUAAACAUGCAAUACGAGGAAUUUAUGCACGAAUUGAAAAAUAUUACUCCAUAAGAGACCCAACACAUGACUUGUGUGCUUAAACAUGCUCUUGAAUUCUUCAAGUUAUUAUUAUCUGCAUUACAUAAACCGCCAUCUCUUCCUUUCUUUCUCAGCUCUUCAUCACGUCACCUUCUAUAAAUGCCUAAAACAAACAAAAUUCAAUCACCUAAAUUUCUUCCUCAUUUCCUUGUUUUCUUCUAUUCUCGCCACCUAUGUUUCCAAAUUCAUUUCACUCAUGCCUCAUGAAGUGAAUGGAAAGAUGGGGAGAGUGAAGCUUCAAAUCAAAAAGAUUGAGAACACAACAAAUAGGCAAGUCACUUUCUCAAAGAGGAGGAAUGGGUUAAUCAAGAAAGCUUAUGAACUUUCUGUUCUUUGUGAUGUUGAUGUUGCUCUCAUCAUGUUUUCUCCUUCUGGGAGAGCCACUCUUUUCUCCGGCAAUAGAAGCAUUGAAGAAAUUAUAGAACGAUAUAUAAAUCUUCCAGAUAUUGAACGUGGAAGGAUGCAUAAUCAAGAGCACAUUCGAAAGUUUCUUAGUAAGUUGAAAGUCGAAACCGAACAAAUUUGCCAACCUCCUAGUCCAGUGAUUACAGAUUCCCAACUCAAGGAGAUUCAAAGAGAAAUUUUUAUUUGCAAAUCUCAAUUGGAAGAGAUGGAGAAUCGGCUAAGGAUAUUUGAAGGUGAUCCUUCUGAGAUCACCACAUUGUGCGAGGCUGAAUAUCGUGAACAAGUCCUUCAGGAAACUCUAAAACAAGUGCAACUGCGGAAAUGCAUUUUGGAGGAAGAACAUAUUUCUCAUGCAUCUCCACAGGUACAUCUUACAAAAACUGUAGAUGGGUUUGUUGCUGGAACUAUAGAGAAUGCAUUAGCCUGGUUUCCACAGGAAGAUACCAAUAAUCAGAUUCUAAACUUUGCAAAUGUUUAUGACCCUUCUCCUCUCAGUGAUCAACAAUCACUAAGUACUAUUGCUGAUAUGGUAACGCCAGCAUCAACUCGUUUGCACUCUACAUUCAUGGAUCACAAUUGUCAACUAAGUCCGAGAGAUGUUGCAGAAGCUGACAUAAAUAAUACAAUAAGUCCUCAGUUCGGACAUGUUAUGGACAUUAAUUCAUCCUCUUGGGAACACCUCCAUCAUUUAGAAAGUGGAGCAUUGUCCGUUGCAGAGACAGGAGAAGGUCCCUAUGUGCAACUUCAAACAUGAUAAAUGGUCCCUAUGUGCAUGUAUUUUGAUAACUAAUCAUGACCAACUUCAAACAUGAUAAAUGGUCCCUAUGUGCAUGUAUUUUGAUAACUAAUACCCCGUCAAAUAUCUUAAUAACUAAUCAUGACCAACUUCAAACAUGAUAAAUGGUCCCUAUGUGCAUGUAUUUUGAUAAAAUCAGAAAUUGCUUAAAUGGAGAAAGUAGGCAAAACCUGAAAAUGCAUUUGCAUUUUCUCAGAUAGCAGCUGAAAUAAAAUGGUUUAGAUGUGUUAAUAUCGAUGAUUAUGAACUGUAUGUAUGCAGUACAAUUAAAUUGGCUGAAUAUAGUAGCUACUUGCUAUAAUUUGAUGAA